GUUACAAAAAGUGUACAAUUAGCGAAUGUUCAAAUUUCAUUCUCGUUCAAAAUUCUGAACGUCACGUUCGAAAAAUACAUGAUUCAACUUGGAUUCAUGGAAAACUUUCGAAUGAUCGACUGUAUCUUCAUGAAAAUGACGGUGGAAAUGAGAUCAUUGGAAGCUUCACUAUUAUCCGAUAAGGAAUUAACGCAGAUUUUCAUUGAAGGAUGGGAAAAGUUGAAUGUUACGAGUGGACCAAAGUUGGUUGACAUUGAAUUCACUCGUGUCCAUUCCGAUUCCACAUCCAUUCCACCAGUCACCGACAUCACUCAUCCAACUCAGUCUGACCAAACCACAUCCACGUCACACUUGGUCGACACCACGCCAACAAUCUCCACUACAGCAUUCCAGUCGACAGAAUCAACCACACUGCAAACACCAGUCUCAACUCCAGUCUCAGUGUCAGUGUCAACAUCACAGCACACACCUGAGUCCACAUCACAGCCAUCAUCACAGUCUACAGCAAUGCAAACAG